AGGCGGGCGGCGGAGGAGAAGGAGGAGGAGCAGGGGGAGGCGCGGGAUAAAGGAGCGCUCGCCGCUGCCGCUCGUUCUCCGGCGGGGCUGAGGGAAGCAUCAUGGCCGCGAAGUCGGACGGGCGGCGGAAGAUGAAGAAGGGCGGCGAGGUAGCGUUCACGCCGCUGCAGAACUCCGAACACUCGGGCUCCGUGCAGGCGCUGGCCCCGGGGCUGCCCGCGGGCUCCGGGCCGGGCGGCGGCAGCGACGACGACGAGGCGCCCGGGGGCGGGUGCUGCAGCGGCGGCGGCGGGGACGGCUCGGGCGGCGGCUCCCGCUGCUGUUGCUGCUGCUGCGGCGGCGGCAGAGGAGAAGGAGGAGGGGGCGGCGGCGGGGGCUCGCGGGGCUCGGGCGGGGGCUCGUCCUCACUGUGCCUGCGGCUGGGCAGAGAGCAGCGGCGCUACUCUCUGUGGGACUGCCUCUGGAUCCUGGCCGCGCUGGCCGUGUACUUCGCGGACGUGGGCACCGACAUCUGGCUAGCGGUGGACUACUACCUGCGGGGCCAGCGCUGGUGGUUCGGGCUCACCCUCUUCUUCGUGUUGCUGGGCUCCCUCUCCGUGCAGGUGUUCAGCUUCCGCUGGUUCGCGCACGACUUCGGCGCGGAUGACGGCGCUGCCGCGGCCGCAGCCGGGCAGUGCCCCGCGGCCGAGAGCAAACUGCUGGUGAGCAGCAGCUCGGCGGCCGCGGACAUCGACGCCGCCCGGCCCUGCACGCCGCAGCGGCAGGCGUCCACUGCCAGCAAGGGCAACGCCAACAGCAGCAGCAGCGGCAGCAGCGGCCCCGCCGGAGGCGGCCCCUCCGGCAGCAGCCGCGCCGGCAGCGGCAGGUCGGCGUCGUGCGCCUUUUGCAUCUGGCUCCUGCAGUCCCUCGUCCACAUCCUGCAGCUGGGACAGGUCUGGAGGUAUUUCCACACUAUAUACUUGGGUAUCCGGAGUCGACAGAGUGGAGAGAAUGACAGAUGGCGGUUUUAUUGGAAAAUGGUGUAUGAAUAUGCAGAUGUGAGUAUGCUGCAUUUGCUAGCCACGUUUCUGGAAAGUGCACCACAGCUGGUCCUGCAGCUCUGUAUUGUUGUACAGACUCGUACACUCCAGGCCCUCCAAGGUCUUACUGCUGCAGCAUCUCUCGUAUCCCUUGCCUGGGCUCUGGCUUCGUACCAGAAGGCCCUCCGUGACUCCCGUGAUGACAAGAAGCCCAUCAGUUAUAUGGCUGUUAUAAUCCAGUUUUGCUGGCAUUUCUUCACUAUUGCAGCAAGGGUCAUUACUUUUGCUCUCUUUGCCUCGGUUUUCCAACUGUACUUUGGGAUCUUCAUUGUGCUCCACUGGUGCAUCAUGACCUUCUGGAUUGUCCACUGCGAGACAGAGUUUUGCAUCACCAAAUGGGAGGAGAUAGUCUUUGACAUGGUUGUUGGAAUAAUCUAUAUCUUCAGCUGGUUCAAUGUCAAGGAAGGAAGGACACGCUGUAGGCUUUUCAUUUACUAUUUUGUGAUCCUUUUGGAAAACACCGCCUUGAGUGCUCUCUGGUAUCUCUACAAAGCCCCACCAAUCUCCGAUGCAUUUGCCAUACCAGCACUGUGCGUGGUGUUCAGCAGCUUUUUAACAGGCAUUGUUUUUAUGCUGAUGUACUAUGCCUUCUUUCAUCCCAAUGGACCAAGGUUUGGGCAGUCACCAAGCUGUGCUUGUGAGGACCCUGCAGCUGCCUUUACCCUACCCACAGAAGUGGCAACGAACACUCUUCGGUCCAUCUCCAACAACCGGAGUGUGACGAGUGAACGGGAUCAAAAAUUCGCAGAGCGGGACGGGUGUGUGCCUGUGUUCCAGGUGAGGCCCACUGCUCCAUCCACACCAUCAUCCCGACCUCCCCGGAUUGAGGAGUCGGUCAUUAAAAUCGAUCUGUUCAGGAACAGGUACCCAGCCUGGGAGAGACACGUGUUGGACAGGAGCCUGAGGAAGGCAAUCCUAGCAUUUGAAUGUUCCCCUGCUCCUCCACGGCUACAGUAUAAAGAUGAUGCCCUCAUCCAGGAGCGCUUGGAAUAUGAAACCACAUUAUAAACAAAGCAAAAAUGCAGCUUGGAUAAGCUCUGGCAUUACAGUCCAAGUUAAGGAUUGAUGGGAGGGCUGUAGGAAUAACUAAACUGUGUACUAUCAUUAGAGCAGCAAGCUGUAGUGUUCUUAGUCUGGCUACCAUCAUGAUUAUCAUUUGAUCCACUGUGUGCAGUCCAUCUGCAGGACACUAGUACAACAACAUCACCUGAAAGCCUCAAAAAAUAAACAAAAAACCCACAACCAUCCCACACAUACUGAUCAGUUACUGGGAAAACUCACCCAUGACUCCUUGCUGCUAUGAAACUCGGACUGAGCGGUACUCACAAGCAAACCAACAGGGGGUUUCUGACCAGAGCUUUCAACUUUAGCCAGUAGUACAUUUUAUUUUAGAAAUGAAUGACUGAUAUUUGCAUAAUCAAUGGUGAAAACAAGCAAAGAAAAAUCCUCUCAAAAAUAUCGAAACUGUAGCACACAACAUUGCCAUUAUUAAAACUGGUAUCUGGGGGAAAAUAGGAGCAUAGUAGUCUUCAACAUCCCAUAAAUAGAUCAUUCAGGUUAGACUAGAUUUGCAAAAUAGUUCUUAAUUAAAAAGACAUCAUCAUGUUAGCAAGGUUAUAAACAGAAAACAACUCUGAUUACAUAGCUCACAAACAUUGACACCACCAGAACUGUUUGUUUCCUGUGGAAUUUCAGUCUUUUUAAUUGCAAUUUAAGUCCAUUAUGUUGCUUUCAACAGAAAUCCUAUGCAGCUCACUUCUGGUUUUCAGGAGAAAUAAGGAGCUCCAGCACGUAGUGAUGUAAAUUAAAUGAUAAUCAUGAUUCAGUGUUCAAUUUGCAAAAAAAAUAUAUAUAUAUGUAUGUAAAAGAACAGGGAAGUAUAGUUUUCAUAUUCUAAAGUUUUUUGGAGGACCCCAUUGAGAUAUUUCAGAAGGAACUACAUGGAGAUGAACGCGCUGAAACUUCUCUCUGUUUCAGAACUGGGAAUGCAUGAUUCAGUGUGUGAAUGUAUGCAGGGGUGACAAGAGACUAUGACAUGCCAUACCCUUCUAGUGCCAAACAUUGUGUAACUGCAAGAUUGACGUUGCCCGAGGGACAGAUCACGAGUGGCAUGAACCCUAGGAGACCAAGAAGCAGGAAAGACCAAUCCAGUUCUCAACGUGUCGAGACAGCUCUGAUUUUUCCCACCCAUGGUGAAAAUGAUGUCUUUUAAAGGCUUUCAGUCACCUCUUAGUAAGUAUAUUCAGUGAAGUGUGAUAUAACCCAGCUGUGUGGAAGACCCUCUUCUGCCUGUUCAGAACUUGUUCCAGAUAUAUCUAAAAAUUACACUGUAAUACAGAGUGAUUUUGCUACAAGCUUUUGGGUUUGAAAUACCUCCCUAAAUCUAGUCAACAGUAUCCUACUUUAUGUUAAAAGUAUCCCCUGAUGGUGCUUUCAGAUGCAUUAAAGGUGCAAGUCAAAAUUUGAUAGUAUUUUUUUUAAAGCUGGUGCAGAGUGAAAAACUCAUGAAUUAUUUCAAUAUUUUUGUAAAGUAAAAAAAAAAUGGUAUAAAAAGGUUACUUUUUAUAAACCUCAAAUCUUUUAAUACAUUUCAUUCUCUUUAUAGCUUAGAUUUUAAGAAUUGGUCCAUGAAUUUUAUCAUCUAGAUUCUGCAGGUUGAUACAAACCUGGUUUUCACACAUUAUGGAUUUGUUUUGCAGUGUAAUGCGAUAUGAAAGCCUACAUGGGUACUUUUAGAAUACACCAUAAACUGCGGAUCCUGCUUCAAGUAUAAGUGGUUUGUAAAGAGACCGAGCAGUUCCAUAAGAAACAAUUUGCUAAAACUAUUUCCAUCCGUUCUAGGAGAGUGAAGCAGAACUGAAGAGUUACUUUUUUAAAUGGCAUUGUCAGAAUGGAGAAGACCUGAUGAUUGGUAUUUUAAUCUUCAUGUCAGGUAUAUUCAUUGUAGUCACUGCUGUAUAUGCUGCUGGGUAAAUUUCAGUCUUUCCUGUUAAUAAUAUUUGUACUAUGAAAUGGCAGAGGUUACACACCUUUGUUUGUUUGUAUGCGUUCAAUUAGCCAUUUUUAAUGUUGACUUUUUUUAUUAGAGAAAUGUUCAAUAUCUGUUGAUCUUUUGUGGGGCAAGUUCCUCAAAACAAAAUAUCUGUCUGUGGAAGUAUAGGAACCUGCAAGCCAGAAGGAAUUUUGCACAGAUCAGAAAACACCCGUGCUUGAAGGGUUUCUUAGGUGUUUUCAAAUUAAGCAGUGGCCAGCUGCCUCAAUAAUCGUUUUUAAAUAAAAAAGUUCUUUGAUAGUCCAAACCCAAAGCUUUGUAGAAAGUGAUUGCCCUUCCCUCUGUGCAGACAUAGGUGACUAUAAAGAGAAGAUCUUUCAUGUUUUGUCAAAAAAUAUACCACUGUAAGAACUGCUAAAAGGGAUCUGGGGACGAAGUCCUUUGUCUGGAUGAAUUCAAUUGAGCCUUCGCUCCAGAAUCCAACAUUUGGUGUCAAAAGGAAAUUUGCCUUUACAAACAAGUGUAAGCUUUGUAAUCCAAGAUGUGAGGGUUUCUUUCUGAAACCAUUCUGUAUGUUUGGUGCUUCGUCAGUAACUCAGAAAUGUUAGUGUGAGCGGGGCACAGCGGGCAAUGCUCCCGGACCACGUGGGCUCUCCUGGGGAGAGGGACAACAUCAGCAGGCCUGGCCCUAUUUUGAUGGCCUUCUCAUACCACAUCGCUCUUCCUUGGAGCUGUGAACUCUUCGGUCAGGGCUGACAGUGCUGAAGAAACAGUGCAGAACGCAAAGGGUUAUGGCCUGGACCAGUGGUUGCAUUGCAAGGUUUCAGAAGAAGGCAAGCAGUGAAUAUGUUUGAUUUUCCCUCCAGUUUUGGAAGAAAGGAUGCAGAAAUGUUAUUUUUUUUCAUUGUUAGUAUCAACCAGUUAAUUCCCUUACCCUCCCAUCAUUUUUAGUAUGUUUUUAGUAGAGCUUGUAAAUUCAGUUCAAGUAAACUAUUGCAGGUUCUGAGUGCACAGUGCCGUACUUGAUAUUACGUACACACAGAGGCAGUAUGCAUACUCCACUGCCUUCUGAAUUCAGGCUGGGUGUUUCAGGAAUAAGGGAAAGUAAUUUUAUUCUGAGUUAAAAUCUGCUCUCCACAAUCCUUCUCUGUUAUGUUUGUAACAUCAGUGAUACUUGCGGUGAGAACAGGACAGCUAUUGAAACUUUAAUGCUCAGAUGACUACAUGAACAGUUUUAUUAGUCUGCUUUGCUGUGAACAGUCACCAUAAAAGCUGUAAUAAUUUUUUAUACAACUUGUCAAAAUUAAAUAUAGUCCACAUUUAAAUCCCAUGAUGGCCUUACGGACAAUAAAAAAUCAAUAUGCACUAUUCUUUUUAAAGCAAACUGUUUUAAGGUCUAUCAAUAAAGUUCAAUGAAGACAGCAAUAGCAAAAAAAAAUAAAAAUAAAAAAUAAAAUAAAAAUUUUAAAAAAAUCCAGAAAAGUGUAAAAAAAAUCUUCUGCUUUUAAAAUAAUGGAAAAAAGAAAAAAAAAAGAAAAAAAAAUCGGGUCUUUUAAAUUCUAUUGCAGAAUAACAGGAAAAUAAAAACAUUCAUAAUUACGUUCUGGGGAAGAAAGUGAUCACAUCUCUUUGCUAGAAGGAAGUGUCAUGUAAAGGUUGUCCUGAGGAAACAAACAAAUUUACCAGCAAAUGUCAAGGUAACUUAUCUUGGUCCUAAAACUUUGAGAGCUGUAGAUUUGUGUGCUACAGAAAAGGCAAUCUAAGGAGUAAUCACUGCUCUAAAGGAAAAGAAUGCAUAUCCAUGUUCAUUCAAAAAAUGUAAGAAAAUGUAAGAUAAACUUUUUGUCUUAUUUUUAAAGAAGUGUUAUUUACUCUACAGUAAGAUAGUCUUAUAAUAAUAUUUGAACAAUGUGCAAUACCUUUUUUUUUAAGUAAAAAUCAUUUCCAGUUCUCUUUGUGUCAGUUAAAAUAUGCUUCUUGUGUUAGAGCAGUGUUUCUGUGCUUGGGUUAUUUGGGCUUGGCGGUGUAUAAAUACUAUCUUCAUUGGCAAAUUAACAAAGUUUGUAUUAAUUAAUUUAUGUAGCACUGAAGUUAGGGAAAAUAUUCCUUCCAAACUGAAAUGUUAGACUUUAUCUGUCUGAUUUUGUAAACUUUUAGGAAGAGGAAGAAAAUCUAAAAAAUUUUGGAGUUGCAAUUUUUAAUACACAGUGAAUAUCAAAUUAACCCAUUUUUUUAAAAGAUGUAUGGUAAUCUCAUCAACAUACCAUGAACAAUUCAUGAGUAGUAUUAAAAGUAUGACUGGUGCUAUCUUUGGAAAGGAACUCCCUCUACCUAAAAGCCAACAUAUCCCUUUACUUUUGAUUGGCCUGCAGGUAUUCGCAACUAGUCUGCUGUAUAACCCUUCGUCCAGUAAUGAAAAUUAUUUGAACAUCCAAUUCCAUAAAAGCCUUAAAAAUGGCAUCGUACUCAGUUUCAGUUAAUUCUGACAGUGACCCAGCUCCCAAAGCCACCAUUCUUUCUCCGCUCAGCCCAUGACAUCACACAGCCCAGAGCAGCUGAGAUGCUGUGGUUUACUCUCCACCCCCUGCACUGCCUGCAUAAUGCCAAGGAAAAACCCCUGGCUGAGUGCCGGGGUCCUACUGCUGCCUCUCUCUUGCUCCUGUGCACGGUGGAAGUGGAGUGAAUCACAUUUGUGCAUCCAGCUAAAUAGGCUUUUUUUUUUUAGGUUGAGUUCAUACCAGGGUGCGUAGUAAAAAUAAUCGCAACUCGUGUCCUCGAAUUUACAAGCUCAACAGUAAUUACUAGUUCUGCAGCGUAACAAUGCCUAACGCAGGAAGAAUUGUCUAAAUAGACAAUAAGCCAUUUAAUUUUGCUAAUUGUAGCAAUUAGGCUAGCUCUCAUGAAGCCCAUGCUCCCAGCAGAAAGCCAAAUGGAGCAGUGGCACACAGCCAUUUAUAUGGCAGGGACAUUACGCUAUGAAGCCCUCCCUUGACUGUUUCUAGAGCUAGGUCAUUUCAUUACAGCGUUGAAUCCACUCCUCUUCAUUCCGAUAAAAUAGAUAAAGUACAACAUGAUUACAGAUCUGUGAAUGAAAGAAAGAAAGAAAGAAAGAAAGAAAGAAAGAAAGAAAGAAAGAAAGAAAGAAAGAAAGAAAGAAAGAAAGAAAGAAAAAAGGCAGAUUACUGCAAUUCACCGAUAGUGAUUUUCUGAAACACGUUUAUCCAUUCUUUUCACUUGGCUGCAGAUUACUGAGUGAUCUGCAUCCAAAAGGAUUUCUCGCAUCUGAUAUUAUCUCUCAUUACAGGAGAGAUGGAGAUGACCUCACAAAUCCCUGCUUGCACCAGGUUAGAGAAAUGUGCCACUGGUUUAUGGAUCACUGUCAAAGCUCCUUUAGCAUGUGAUCAGUCCAUUGGGAUUGUUUGUAAGCUUGCUUUACCACAGUGGCAUCACUGCAGGUGUUUGGUAGGAUUUCUUAACAAAACCCUUGAGUGAAUAAUUUCAUGUACUCUGUGCCUAGUGCUACCAUAGCAUGAAUCAGAUCAUUUUUUCUCCCUUAGUUAAAACAUUCAUUAAUAUAUCCAUUUUGACCAAGUUGAAACCCCACUUGUUUCCAGUGAUCCCUAUACAAACCCACUGCUGACCAAUACCUUCACUAAAAGGAGCCUUUUGCAAACACGGCUUGGCUCCAGCACUUAUGUUCUGUUCUGAACUCUUUGCAUCUAAUUCUGAUGCAGAGAGUCAUAUAUACUCAUUAGUAAGCCACGUCCCUCCUUUGAAUCCUGGAGCAGAAAGGACCGAUAAGUGAGAUGCAGGGUAAAAGGCCUGUUCAGCAAAUUCAGGCAGCAAUUUGCAUGAGUUAGACAUGGAAGAGAGAAGCUUGCCUAUGAUUACAGUGGAGCUAUAGAUGCUGUAUGCAUUGAUAGAUGUUUCCAAUUAAUUGUGAGAUAAGUGGCCAGCUAAUACUAAGAUCAAAUCUAAAACUCUACAUGCAAAGCACUAUAAAAAAAGCAACAAAACACUUUGAAACCAACUCAAAACUCUCAUUUCCAGGAAUAGCUGAAAAAAGCUUAAAGAUUGAUUGGAUUUUUCAAUGUAACAAGAUGCUACAUUCAUAGAAACAUAGAUAUGACAGCUAUGGAUACAAACAUUUUCUCUAUCUGUAGACUGCACUCUCGUAUUUCAUGUAUCUUUGGAAGCAGUUGAUUCUAGACCUCCCUUCUGUGUAUGCUGUAGCCGCAGACAUGCCAGCAGCUUUUCUACAAGUAGAAUCAGUUCGUGUAUAGGCAAGGCCGCAUGCUGUUCACCUCUAAGUAAUUUCCCAACUGUAGAGAAGCUGCUUGUUGAAUGACUAGAAGAGCCCUUGCAGAGGUAGCAUGUUGCCAAGGCAAGAUGCAGGCUGAGUUGGUUGCCACAAGCCCACUGGGGCAGGGGCUGGAUGUGGUACACCAAUCCUUGCUCACCCCAGGUGCCAAAGAGCCCACCCAGAGGAGAAUCACAUGGAGUACACAGAGGGGUCAACGAGGUACACUGCGGGCCUCAGGCUAAUGUUGUGAUCUUCCAAGCUGCACAAGCCAGGAGCUCCUGCAUAUUUUUUAUGUGGAAGGUCCAGGCACCCAACAUUUUGUUCCUGGCCUUGGUCAGGAGUGCCUCAGUCUUCAUUGCACAUACCAGCAAGACUCCUGUCUAUGCCUGCCAAGGUCCCCCAAGUUGGUAUUUCCUCUGCCCGUCCUACCCAAAGGGCAGCACCUCUGAGUGCUGUCAGAUGGAUCUUUGCACAGAAAUACCCAUAACUUCUUCUCCUGCAGGAGACUUCUGACAAGCAGAGACCACAGAGAGAGCCAGGCUUAGUUCUCUCUUCAGCUAACAGUAUCCAUAUGUCUAGCAACUACCUCUCAGGGGAAGGCUAUAGGGCUGCACACUACUGAGGAGAAGGUUAGGCUCACUCUCUCCUGUUUUGAGGCUGUUGUCACUCGUUGUGAAAGAUUUCAAGGUUAUGCUGUGCAGUUUAGAUGUCUUUUUGAUGCAUUGCAACCCCUUAGUUGCAAGGGGCUCAAAGGUUGCUACACAUAUCCAGUGCUAUUGCACGUGUCCAGACAGUGUAAUGUCUACAGGAAAAAUCUGGGGCAGAUGCAAAACCAACCAGACCAAAAGCUGUAUGAACAUGCUUAGCACUGUGACAAGCCUGAAUCUUUGCACACUGCCUUCAGCCUGGUCUGUUAGUGCAGUGUGCUACCCCGGCCACGUCCACUUGGUAUGCUGUGAGAGCUCAGGCAGACUGUGUGUGUGCACCAGAGCUGCACCACACAGCCAUACCCACAGCUUUCUGAGCCCACGGUGCACUCUUUGUGUAUACACUUAGUCCUGAGAUUCUAUUAGGAUUUAAUCUUAUCGUUCAUUUAAAUUCUAUAACUAAGGAAAAAGCAUCAGGAGUGUCAUCAUCAUUAAGGGUAAUCAAGUGAUAACUGCAGAAGGAAAACCAAAUUAUUGGAAAACACAUUCCAGUCAUUACUGGAGACAGCUUUGAGAUGCAUUGUGUCAGUAACUUAAUGAAAAGUUGUGGAAGAAAAAUGUUUAAUGCUACAUUUCAUUAAUCAAGGUUAGUUGAGGGGGAAAAAAAAAUCAUAUAGGCAAACAGCAAAGGGAUUAGUUCACCCUUGGUCUCAUUUAGUGCUGGCUAUAUUUGUUUCACUGAAUAUCAGUGUUAUUAAUGUCAGUAGCUUAUAUUGGAAAUAACCUCUAAUACAUCAGCUGGUUUACCUGACAUUUGACUGAAGAACACAAAGGGAGUGUUUGUUGGCCAGCAUGCGUGCAGUUGUGUGAUACAUGCUGUCAAAAUAAGGUUUUGAUAAUUUGUGUAUUAUAUCCUGAUGAUAAAUUUCUAACACGUGUAUGUGAAGAGGAAGCUACCUCUGCCAAUUGAAAAGUACCGUGACUAUACUGGAGCUAUUUCUGAAAUGUGAAUUACUAUUGCUUUUCUGAGUAUGCAUUCUGCAUUAUUAUCUGCGUAUCCCAGAUCGUUUCCUAGCAAAUGUUUGAUAUGAACUAUUUUUAAACUGUAUAAAGCUGAGGAAAAGAUUAUGAGCUGGUUAACUGAAGGCUUUUGUUUUCAAUUACAUGAUAAACUUCUUCUUAAGCUUUAAAAAGAUGUAAAGCCCCAGUUCUGCAGACUGCUUUCUAAAAACAAGAACGGUUCAACAACCUUCAUGAAAACCUUGGCUGUGCUGAUGUUCAGGUGUAAGACAGAGUCUGUGACUCAGCCACCAUACAGCAUUCAGCUCUGCCUUUGGGAAAUGCCCUAACUUUCCCACAGGAUCUGCUUUAUAAGAUAGAUGAAAAGUAACCACUGUGGCUGGCUCAGACAAGCUGAAAAGCAGCCCCCAGCCUCUCACAGUGUCACUUCCACACCCCUGUUUUGGGACAUGGGAGCCCAUGUUGUGGUGUGUCCCUGUGUGAGCACUACAGGCUUUGGCUUUCACUGAUGGGGAAGGAAAAGUGGGGUGUUCCAUGAGACGGCCAUGUCAGUUCAGACAGGGUUAAGUCUUCAGGCAGCGCUGUAUGGACAACGACAAAUCUUAUGUUAUCAGCAGAAAGGGAAAGUGCUGCUAUAUGUAGUGUGCCAGCACAUUGUCUUGUAUCUGGCUGCUAUUGAUUCCUUCUUUCUUUAUACCACUGGAACAACCUGGAACUUGUCAAGCUUUGCUCGGGUUGAUUUACAGCUAAUUAAUUCAACAGGCAUUUUUAAUCUUGCAAAUUUGCGACUUGUAAUACAGCAAUCAGGCUCCCACGAGCGAACAUUAAUCAGAGAGGGGGAAGAAAAGUGCUGCUAUCUGCACUCAGUGCGGUGCCUGCCUGCAGAGUGGAGAAACUAUAUUCUUCCUUGCUUUUAGCUUACAGGUGGAUUUUAGCUUCAUUGAUGGGAAGCAGAAGGGAAAAAAAAUGGCAUGUUUUCCCAGGGUGAAUAUGUCCAUGAGUCAAACACUGAUUAGUGUGUCUUUUUUUACUAUGGAAGUGCACCCACUGGUACCCUCAGCAGGGAGGCCAGAGACCAAAAACUCUUGAAAACUGGGAAGUAAAGGAUUCCUCUGCACGGGAUUUUUUUGUGAAACACUGUGGAAAUCUGCCCCAGUUGUUUCACUGAAUAAGGAGAGAAGAGUCUUAUGAGGGGAAAAAAAACACAUACAACCUUAAUGCCAAUACAGUAUUUGUGGUGCAGUGACUCUUUUUGCAACUAAAGAUAUUAACUGAGAGCAUUCUAGAUCUGUUAUGAGCUCACUGGAGCAUAGAGGGAGACAGCAUAAGCCACUUCGCAGAUAUACCUGCAUUGCUAUUGGCAGUUGUUUAUUAGCAAUAAGAUACAUAGGUGUCUCAAAAUAGAGCAUACAAGACAAGGAUUUGGUUUGGCUAUUGUGUCAAUGAUUGUUAAAUCUAGAAAUUGUAGAUCUUUGUAAUAGCUUGUAGGGGAAAAAAAAAAAAUACUUUUUAAUGUAUAUUUUAAUUUACAGAGGAUAAACCUCAGAUGGCUUCCACAACAACUUAUCACUUAAAUUAGGCUCAUGGAGGCUUUUCUUUAUAUGGAAUAGGAGAGGUUUGGUGUUGUUCAAAUGCUUUAUGUGCUUUCUCAUGCUCUUGGUUUCUCAUGCAGUACACAUGAGAAUAAGCAAAUAGUGGGUGCACAAGUUCAUCUUCCCUUAGUGCAAGCAGUCCUGGUAUAAUCUUGCUCAUCUACACAUCAGGAGCAUGAACAUGGGGCAGAGAGGUGAUCACUUGUAAAUCAGCUGAAAAUAAAGAUGGAGAUCGGAUGAUGUGGGAAAAACCUUAUUACAAUUUGGGAACAGUUGUGAAUCCAUGGGGCAGAUGAGCCCUCGUGGUAUUUCUUCACUCAGCUCCUUGUGCACAUCACCGCUGAAGGACUUUUAAUCAUAUUAUAAGUUGUCCAUUUUUGCUUCUUUAGAAGUGGGAACAGUAACACCCUGACUUGCAAUGGAAAUCACUUUGGAUUUGUGGAGGUGCCCAUAACCUUUGUGCAUGAUCUAGAAGUGUAGCACAUCAUAGCAGUUGUGUUUUCUUCAAACAUUCACUCGGACAAGUUUGCAGGAUGCAUUAGACACUGUUAUGAUUUUAUUCCUGGCUUCCAUUUCCUUCCUGCUCUUAGGAGUGUCAGUGCAAUCCCCACUGCUGAGAGAAGAUAUGCCCAUAACAACAUGGUAGUGAGUAUUACAGAAUCAUAGAAUCACAGAAUUGCUUGGGUUGGAAGGGACCUUAAAGAUCAUCCCAACCUCCAUGUAGGCCAUGGGCAGGGCUGCCACCCAACAGCUCAGGCUGCCCAGGGCCCCAUCCAAUCUGGCCCUGGAUAUCUGCAGGGAUGGGGCAUCUACAUAUCCUUUGUUUUGGAGUUGCUGUCAGAACAGCCACUAAACUGGGAUUCUCUGAAUCAGCAGCCACAGAUCCCCUCGCAAUUUAAAGUUCCUUUAAAUCAAUUCCCAUUUAUUCUCAAAGGCAGAAACGCUUCUGCAUAAUUUGUUCUACACAAUGGGACAGAUAUUUUGCUGUCUUUUCUUUAAGUUGUGCGUUAUUCUAGCUAGUGAGCAUCACUGUAUUUUCCUGCAAGUGCCCUUCCAUGUAUAAGGCUGUCUCACCAGUGAAAGCUGGCUCUGCUCUCGUUACCACGCUGGCUUACCUGCAUGCUUACACAAAUGCCAACUUAACGGUCCUUAUUUGUUAUGCUGUAGGUCCAUGCCAAACCCAGUAUGACUUCUGGAUUUGACCCAGGGCAUUAGCAAAUGGGAGAGUCAUCUUCUCACUGCAAGCACUGGACGCAGAACCCACUGAGAUGCAAUAAACACAGUUCCUUAUCAUGCUGAUUUGACAGUAAUUUUGCAGGGUACAGCUGUGCUUUAAAACUUUGUUCAGUUCUCUGCAGUCUUUUUUUUAAUUAAUAUAUUUAUAUAUAUGAAUCAACAGCAACAGGAAAAAGCCACACACUCACACAUACAAAUCCAAACAAACUUUCAUUGUUCUUCACUGUACACUGUUCUCAUGAAAUCCGCUGUGUGAGGAGCGUGAUAGUUAAUUCACAUUGGAACAGCCCUUCCUCUGUCCAUUUUCCAAAUGGAUUCCCACAAAAACUAUUCAUAAUAAACCCAGUAGUAAUUAAAAUGAACAUACUCUUCAAUCAUUAUAGCACAAUUUACGCUCACUCAGAUAAGGCUAGGUAAUUUGCGCAUCCCUCUUCCUUUCAUUUCUUACAAUGCACAACUCAAAGUUUCUUUUGCGGGUUGACGGGUGAAUUUGAUUGUUUGGGGAAAAUGUGUGCAUAAGAGUUUCUAGACCAUUAGUAAAACUUUCUUUGAGCUUUCUUAAGCAAUUUCAUGUGAGAUUGAUGAUCCUAAAAGAUUCAGACUUACUGCGCUUGCAAAACCUUCUUGUGUGGUCUACAGAGAAAAAAAGACACUGUCAAAGGACUGAUUGAGAAAUUUUGCCUGGUGAACACACUGAUAAGUAAUACUCACACCAGCAGCACCCUGGAAAGGAGCACUUAUUGUACUGAGAUUUGCCUUGACUAUAGGUAGCUUAUAAUAUUAAAGGGCUUGACUAAAGGGCCUCCAUAGCAAUGGAUGACUUUCUUUUGACUUUACCGAAGUCCAAUAAGUCCCAAGAGUAAGCAAGUGUCAUUUUGCUAUUAAAUUUCACAAUGCCUCUCCGGAUUAAAUUUAUUUUUAAGGAAUCUCUUUAGUCACUAUUUUACAGCACACUUGAACUUUACUAUCAAGUGAACUGCCAGUCAUUGUGCAUCCAAUACUGAUUAGGCAAAGGAAAAUCUCUGGGGAAGGAACAUCAGUCUUUGUAUUGAAAAAAUAGUCCACUGGAAAUAAUAUAAAGCACUUCUAGGUCUUCCAUUUCUGUGAGUCACUGAAUGAUUCAAAGACACCUUCCUGGGUUCCAGAAUAUAUUUAAAUAUUUGUCUAAAUGUUCAGAAAACUUACCAAGAUAUUAAUAAUAUUUUAAUAUUUUCCAUGAAAAAAAUAAAAUAAAAUACUUCAAGCUACACAUUUCAAUGUCAAGAAGAAUGCAUAUCUCUAUAUAAAUUCUAAGUCACUGGGCUUUGGGGCAGCAAGGGAAAAAAUGGCAAUUUGAGGAGGUGACAUUUUCACCUAAACUCUGCAAGAGUUUCCUGGUGUCCCCAUCAGCCUGCUGCUCCAGCCCUCACCUACACUUUCUUGUCAUCAUUUCAUUUCUGAAACCCUUGAAGAAAGAUCUAGGGUUUGGAUAUUGACCAACCUCAUCUCAGUCUUCGGUGCUAGGGCACAGAGCAGGGAUGCAGGAACCUCAGAGACAGCAAGGUAGGGUCCGGCAGAGAAAGGUAGAUCUUUUUAUUCCAGUUUCUCUACUGGCACAGCUGAAUGGGUGAUGGGGGCAAGGGCUGCUUCUUCAUGGGGCAGAUACUGAGUGCUGAGACAUGGGGAUGGUGUUUGUAUCCUGCUCUUUGGAAAGGAAAGGCAACAAAUAAAAUUUAGGAAGCUGCGAUGUUAGAUACCCACAGUGCCAAAGCACUGAACCAUCAAGCUGUAUUCCUGGCCCUUAGAGGUUGGUGCCAAGAAUGGAAACAAUUUUAGUAGCUGCUGCAAUGCAGUCCUCAGAGAUGCCGUCUGCAGCUUUUUGUCCUUUUCAAGUUGCUACGCAGAGGGAAAAACAAAGGAUUGUAAAACAUCUUUGCAGCUGUUUCAGAGCUGUGCCUUUUAGCAUCUUUGGGUUUUAUGAAGACCUGAAAUAUAUUUCUCUCCUUUACAAGAACAUAUUAUUUUUUCAUGCAUUGCAUACAAAGUCAUAAAGCCUUGGCUUCUCUGAGAAAGUUCCCACUUAGUUCUGUGGUAAAAGCAGAAAAAAAUGGCAGGCCCUGAGGUGUAGGCUGUGCAAGGGUUAAUGGCAAUAGGCAGCAGCUCUGCUCUGCCACUGUGGUUUGUAGGUUCAGCGUUGGCGAUUCCCCAUUUUGGCCUGCCACAAGUUGGACAAAAUGACACAUCAGUUUGAAAAACAUAAUCAAAAUAUGAGGAACUUAGGAAUGUAAGUACUCUUAUUCAUGAAACUCCUUUCCAGACCCUGAAGUCUCCUCUUGUGAUUGCAUGCCCAAAUUUUGCAUUUUAGGUAGGGAUUCCAGGCAGGAUUUAGGGGGAAAGCUGGGCCUGCCCCUGUGCUAAGGCCAGAACUCCAAGCUCAAACCCCUCCUUAUCUCUAGUGGAUUGAAGCCAACACUUCCUCGGGGAGUCUCCUGUAUGCAGGCAUGGGACACAGUACCUGUCGUCAGAUGAGGAAAGGCCACCAUGCAGCUUGACGUGCAGCAGUGCUGGCUGAGGAAAGGGAGGUCCAGGAGAUAGGGCUCUGUGCUGUGAGGUCCAAGAAGAGAUAGGGCUCAAUGGUGCGCAGAGCCAGACAUAGGAACACCCCAGGCAUGCCCCCAGCACAUCGGGACCCAUGGGCCUGUGACUCUCAGGUGGCCUCAGCAGAGGAUGUGUGCAUAGAAGGCCACUCAAGCUGAGUUGGUGGUGUCUUUGGGAACAGGCGGUCUACAGGCCUUUCAGCAGCUGCAGUCCCAGAGGUAGACCAGAUCUCAACACCUGAUAAAAAGCAAAUGAUUUCCUAAUGCUACAAAAAGCCUGUUAAAAAAAAAAAAAAAAAAAAAAAAAAA